UCUUACAUACCUCACAUCGCACCCAGUUGGCUGCCUUCCAUCAUCGUCUCUCUCAUCCCCCUUUUCAAAAGACGUGAAGAAUGAGCUCUUGUGCGCAUGUAAAUUGCCAUCCGAUCGCCGACUACCAUCGUGACACGAUAUAUACUUGAAACUCAAUGAAACUCAUGAGCCUCAAUUGAGUUCAACGUCAACAUGAGCGGGAGGACGCUGACGAACGUGGUGAACGAGCAAACAGUCGCACUCAACGCUUUAAUCUACGGAUACGCCGGCCACUCGCUAGUUACCCCUCACGCCGCCAUCCAGCAGAUAUGGUGGACGGAGGAACGAAUCAAUGAAAAGGUCACAGCAGAAUUCGUUACGUCGAGAUUAAGGCCGAAUGAGCGCCAAUGGCUGGAGCGUUCGGUGGGGUUUGGGGACCUGACUGACGACACUUAUAUCGAUUGGAUAAUGGAAAGAGCAAGGAGAUUGUUCUUGGUUUUGGCAGAAGUCGGAGAGUCGGACAAGAUAUUCACAGUCGUGGAUCGCUCGUGGGAUGACGAUGACCUCCCUUUACAGAUGGACGACAUUGAGAAGCUGGAACUUUCAAAUCGCAGGAACGACCAAGUCAAUAAUCGAUUUUAUCACACUCAAUUCACAUUCCUGCUUCGAGAGUUAGACGAGGGUGUUCAUAUUGACUAUGCACCAAACGAGGUACUGCCUCUGGAAUACGUCAUGGCCCUACCGCCAGCAGUAACGCUCCAGCAUUGGUCGAGAGUUCAUCGACCGAAGGAACCUGCAGUCGUAUAUGUCAGGAGAAAAUUUGCCUUGGGCGAUGUCAACUCGCCAGAUGCAUUUGAAUCGGAUUAUAUCAUGGACGUCGAAAGCUCCCGGAUGGUAGAACACGAGCACAUAGCCCCAGUGUGGGCUUCUUAUACUCUCAAGGGCGCGGGCUACACCUUGACCAACUUCGUUGGACAACAUACUCUAAAAUCCUUCAUCGACCAUCGCAACCCAGCGCAGUAUCAGAAGCUGCCAAAACCCGAGAGGAGGCACCUGAUUCUUGGAUGGCUUCAUUGUCUGGCUGAUGCCAUCGCCACACUCCAUCAGAUGGGCUUUUGCCAUUCAUCGAUACGGCCUUCGAAUAUUUUAAUAGACGAGCACAACAAUAUCGCAUUUAGUGACAUCGGCAGCCUGGAGACGUUCCAAAAGGAUAAGAAGCCCGACCCCAUGGAAGUGUAUGUGUAUGGUGCGCCUGAGGCAAAUACUUCAACAAAACCCCUCGAAGCUGAAGCAUCGGCACCUUCACCCACGAUCGGAAACGUGCGCAAGCCGUCGGUAGCGAGUAAAAGCUCGGGAGGGUCGUCGAACAGUUCUGGCUCAGGCCGCCAGAAACUUACCAAAGUGCCAACAAACGAAUUUUCAAAUUUCAAUUUCGGUUUCAAGAAGACGAAACUUGCGCCGAAACCACGAUCACGGAUGCAUGACACCGAGAAGGCCGAUGUUUUCUCGCUUGGUUGCAUAUUCCUUGAGCUGAUAACAUUUAUGUUGAAGAAGAAGGCACACGACUUUAUCAAGCAUCGAUCGUCGAAGCAAAAAGUGAACAUGGGAGGGAAGAAUUCGCGUACCGAUUCUUCGUAUCAUGCGAAUUUGGAGCGCGUGGAAUCAUGGAUGAAGGUAAUCGAAGAUGCUGCAGCCGAACAAACAGAUGACUCGUUUGCAGCAAUACCGCAUAUCCUGAUUCUGGUCCGAGGCAUGCUUAGUCGAGCGCCGGGUGUGAGGCCGAGUGCCAGAGACGUACGCGAUCGCUUGCUUGACAUUCUGCUGAACCACACAUCCAUGCCAAGUGUGCACUGUGGUUCGCACAAGCAUGAUAUCGGGGUAGCGACCUCGUCUAAUUCGGAUUCUGAUAGGACAUCUUCCAUGUCGUCGUUUCGUUCCUCGUCGCUCUCGCUCUCGACCAUGAGUUCAGAUACAGAUACAAUACGUUCUGGACCUUCGACUAUGCGUGGCGUUUCGUCCAUUCUAAACUCGUACGCGGAUCGGUCGACUUUGGACGAUAUUUCGGAGUUCGAUGAUGCAGAGUCAGUACGGACAAUUGGUAAAGCUCACAACGCGCCGAUGAGGAUCGAAGUAGAUCCGUACAGAGUCGCCCCGAGAUCACAGCCCGUCUAGUGCGACAGCAACGUUCAAGGUCAAGCCAUGGAACAAGCCGUUUUUGAUGCUGCCAUGAGUAUGAAGACUAGAAAGAAAGGAGGGACCGAUUAGUUCAUUGAGCGUAUGGAAUGGUUGGGUUCCACAACACUCCAUGCCUACUUGUGGUAUUGCGCCCGACCCAUUAUAUUGAAUUUCUUUCUCC